AACUGCAGGAAGGGGAGGAAAGGGAAGACGCGUGUCGCGCGCGGGUGACGUCAUCAGGGCGGCGCGGUUGCCCGGGCAGCGGAAGCGGGGCUUGUACCCGGUUGUGGUGGAGGUGGGGGGGGGAAGAAGAUGAUGGGGCAGGAGGAAGAGGGGCAGCUCCUGCUGAGGAGGGUGCUGCUGCUCCAGGCUUGCAUCCGGGGUUACCUUGUCCGGAAGAGGUUCCGAAGCAUACCAGAGGAAUACGAGAGGAUCGUAAAGGAAGUCGAAGGGAAUUUGGAAGAGCUGCGGUGGAAUAAGAGCCCUCUGCCACGACCUGUGUUUCUCCCAAAGAAAUCCAUAAAAAGAAAGGAGUUAAAUGAUCAUGGGGCAGGAUCCAGUAGAAGCGAGCCACAGGAGAAAGAGCAGACCCUUUGUCAAAGGAGGUUACUUCCUGAAAGAGAAUGUGAUGAUACGGUGCAGCUUCUGAGCCGGCUUUCAGCCGAUGUGGUGGCAGGUGCUGGAGCUGAUGACCCGGGAGAGAAUCUGGAACAUCUUGGGGACAAGCGCUCUGAGGAUGCUUGCAAUGUGCCAGGAGGGAAUGAGGAAGGCAAUGUAUCAUCUGAAUGGGGCAGCACCAUCCUGGAAAUGGAGUCUCCUGCAUUAAGUCAAGAGCUGCACUUCUCCAAAGUACAAGGGAUUCCCCAAACCGUGCCUGACCUUCAGCGGUACCGAAAGGACCUGGCCAUGGAACUCCUGUGGCUGCAACAGGCGAUCGUCAGCCGUAAAAACUAUUUGAUCCUGAAACAGAAGUUGGGAAGCCCGCGGUGACUGCUGGUCUGGAGGCGUGAGCCCUUAUCGCAAUUUACCCACAAACUUGGAAACCUCUGCCCUUACCUGUUGUAGGAGGGAUGAAAGAUGGGGGCCUGCUGGGGCGAUCUUGUUCCUCGCCACUCCACAUGCUUCUUUUCUGGGAUCAGCGCCGAAGCCCUGGGCAAGCAGCAGUCAAGAUGGAACUCUCUUCCAAAUCCAAGGCCCAGGUUGGGUGGGAUUUUUAAGUAGUUGAGAAGACCGGAGUGUGUUGUGGAAGUCUCCAGUUUCUGUGGACUGAGGUUUUGCUGUUUUUGCACAUGCAGAAUCUGAGCUUGAGGACUUUACAUGCAUGAUUUUAGCAGCCUUCUAGGACAAGCUGUUAAGGUAACAGCAGCAUGUUCAGUGUGGGUCGUGGCUGCAGUGGAUGAUUUUGCAAGAGGAGUCAGAUCUCCUGAGGUAGAGGUGGCUUCUCUGUCUGCAAAGCCGUGGUGUUCUCAUCACUCGACUCUGAAGGUUUCCAAUGUCACUGUGAUUUCUCCAGGGAAAUCCAGAAAUUCUUGGCCUUGACUUCCAUACCUGGAAAUGUCCGAAUGGGUGUUUCUUCCUCUAUCCAGUGGUAUAGCUACAGUAUUCUUUAAGAGUUUACUACGGCUGUUGCUCAUUAGUUUCUGAUUUUAUUUCUGGAUGGUGGGGUCUGCAGUACAAUAGAAACUGUGCUAGCAUGUCAGAAUCCCAACAUCCUGUCUCUCAUCAUUGAAUAAAAAUGUCCAAAGUGAAACUGGUUGUAGAUACAUAUAUAUAUUUCCCUCUGACUGAC